UUUUUGACAAAUAUUUUUAUAACAUUUCUCCUGAGACAGUAUGGGAUUCAUGUAGUGAGUUGUUUGUGUCAAGGCUAACACCCACUCCCCUGAUCUCCUGCAGCACCAGCUGAUUCACACAGGAGAAAAAACAUUUCAGGAUGAGGUGUGUGACAAGACCUUCACAUAGUCAGCAUAUGUCUGGUUUAUUAACACUCAAACAGGAGAGAAACUCUGUGUAAUAAAUGAUUCAUACAGUUGUUGGAACCUCUGGAACAUUAGUGAGCCCACACAGAGUCUACCCAGCUAGGUUCCUGCCAUUCUAUCCUCAGAGUGUGUAACGGUGUACUCAGUCUCUCAGUGCAGGGUGUUCAGUGGGACUGGGACACAGAACAAGAAGCAGCUUUCACUCCCAUCAAACACCUAGUGAUGACAUCACCAGUGCUGAGGGAUUAUGAUGUCAACAAUGGAGCCACCCUGCAGUGUGAUGUCAGUGACACAGGACUUGGAGUAACCCCCAUGCAGUGAGGGCAACCCGUUGGGUUUGUAUUCACAGUGUUAACACACACUGAAUAACAUGGCACACAGAUUGAGAAAGAGAGUCUGGAUAUUGACUUUGCUUUCACCGCUGCCUGUUUGUGAGAGAGAUUGUCGGUGGAGUCUGAUCACAAGCCAAUUUGCAGGACCUCUCUCAAACCACUUUGAUUCGUUCCAGUGUUUGCAAAACAUAUUACCUAUUUUGUUGAGCUAUCAAUUGGAAGUGAAGUGCGACCAAGGGAAGCAGAUAUAUACUACUAACAUGCUAUUGAGAGCUGUACUCUAUCUGAACAAAGUUGAUGCUGGUGCAGAUUGUGAAAUAUUCCAGAUUCAAAAAGAAGCAACAGCAUGACAUACUCUGGAAAACAUUAACCCAGCAGAGCCCUUGACUCUGACAGAUAGGCAUCUUCUUCAAAACAAACAAACAACUCAAUGAGAUGCAAUUCAUCGAAUGUUGCAGGAAGCUGUGAUGAAAGGAUGGACUGAAACCAUUGUGGACACCACUGGGACUGCAAGAGAUUGUUGGACAAACAGAGAUGAAGUGAUCGCCCCAGAUUGCAUUAAAGGGAGUAGCGUUGUUAUCCCCAAAGACAUGAGAAAAGAGAUACUAAAACACAUUCAAAACAACCCAUCAAGGAAUCAAGUCUAGUCUGAAAAAGAAGGAUUGCACUUUACCACUUCAGAGAAUACAGAGAGGGUAGACACCACAGAUAGAUCCUGACCAUCCCUCAAGGAAGAACUGCAAAACUGUGGGAAGAUAUCCAGUCCCAACACAGCAUUGCUCAACACAGAGAAGGUUGGGCAGUGAAACCAUCGUCUGGAAAUCAGCUGGGUCAAGGGAGCGUUCAUGUAUCUCCAGAUCUAAAACUAGUUUGUGGUGUGGAGCCUUCCAUCAAAACCAACCUCCCCGAAGGGUUGGCCAUGAGUGAUCGGUCAGGGUGAGACUGGGAAGUAAUGAGAGUGGGCUCCAAGUGUGGUGAGAGCUUUCGUCAUUCAUUAAGCCUCAUCACCCACUGACUCAUUCCUACAGGGGAGAGUUCAAGAGUGAGCUGGAUUCGUGAAAUUUCACACAAUCAUCAAUGCUCAUGAAUCAACAACACAUUCACACUGGGGAGAAGCUAUUUAACUGUGAGGUUUGUGACAAGAGCUUUGCACAAUUAUCAGGCCUGGUGAAUCACCGGCGCAUUCACAUGGGGAAAAAAUCAUUCUUAUGUGAGAUAUGCAACAAAUCAUUCCUGCAGUCAUCGAAGCUCCUUGUGCACCAACUUAUUCACACAGGAGAAAAGCCAUUCACAUGUGAAGUGUGUAUCAAAUCAUUCUCCCAGUCAUCAACCUUGCGCAAACAUCAACGCAUUCACACAGGGGAGAAACCAUUCAGGUGUGAGGUGUGUGAGAAAUCAUUCUCACAGUCAGAGAACCUCUGCCGACACCAACGCAUCCACACAGGGGAGAAACUGUUCAACUGCAAGGUCUGUGACAAAUCAUUCUCUGAUUCGUCGAGACUCUUGCGCCAUCAGAGGAUUCACACGGGGGAGAAACCAUUCACGUGUGAGGUAUGUGAUAAAUCAUUCUCCGUGUCCUCACACCUCCGUGUGCAUCAGCGCAUCCACACAGGAGAGAAACCUUUCAGAUGCAAGGUGUGUGACAAAGUAUUCUCUCAGUCAGAGAACCUGCGUACACAUGAACGUGUCCACACAGGGGAGAAGCCAUUCACAUGUGAUGUGUGUGACAAAAAGUUUGCACAGUCAGGACAGCUCCGCAUACACCAACGCAUUCACACAGGGGAGAAGCCAUUCAUGUGCAAGGUUUGUGGCAAAUCGUUCUCUGACACAUCAGGCCUCUUGCUCCAUCAGAGGAUUCACACAGGGGAGAAACCAUUCACGUGCGAAGUGUGUGACAAAUCAUUCUCAGUGUCAUCAACACUCCACAAACACCAACGCAUCCAUACAGGGGAGAAACCAUUCACGUGCGAAAUAUGUUUCAAAUCAUUCUCAGAUUCAUCGUACCUCUGCAGACAUCAACGUAUUCAUACAGGAGAGAAACCAUUCAUAUGUGAUGUGUGCAAAAAAUCAUUCUCAAGAUCAUGCAACCUGCUGCUUCAUAAGAGAAUUCACACAGGCGAGAAACCAUUCACCUGUGAAGUUUGUAAUAAAUCGUUUUCGUCAUCAUCAACCCUCCGCACACACCAUCACAUUCAUACUGGGGAGAAACCAUUCACCUGUGAAGUGUGUCACAAAUCGUUCUCUCAGUCAGGGAUCCUGCGCACACACCAACGCAUCCACACAGAGUGCAAACCUUUCAAGUGCGAAGUGUGUGACAAAUCGUUCUCACAGUCAGAAAGCCUUCACAGGCACCAAUGCAUCCACACAGGGGAGAAACCUUUCAUGUGCAAUGUAUGCAACAAAUCAUUCUCACGGUCCUGGAACCUCUUGUUCCACCAGAGGAUUCAUACAGGGGAGUAAAAGGUUUGUGAUAAGCCUUUCCUAAUAUCUUUGAUGAUCUAGGACAUUACAAGAUACACACAGGAGAGAAAUGCUUUGAUGCAACUUUUGUGACAAGGCUUUCACGUGACAUUUUUCCUGGUCCACCAACGCACGAAUGCAGGGUAGGAACCCUGUUGGUGUAUGCUCUGUGAUGAAGCCUCCACACUGUUGUUUUAUCUCUCAGGAUAACAGCAGAACCAUAUACCCCAAGUUUUUGCCGUUCUGUCAUCACAAUAUGAAUUCCCUUUUGAGGGCAUUGUUGAUCUACCUACAGAAAGACUGCAGCUGUUCAAGAUGGCACCUCACCGCCACUUUUCAAGGGCAACUAGGGACGAACAGUAACAACUAUGCCAAUGCCCCAUGAGUGAAUUAAAAAUAACUGUACACAAACUCACUGUGCAGGGUAUUCAGUGGGACUGGGACAAGAAAUAGCUUUCACUCCCAUCAGACAACACCAGUGCUGAGGGACUAUGUUGUCAACAGUAGAGUCACCCUCCAGUGAAACAGGACUUAGGGCAACUCCCGUUCAGUGAAGACAACCAGUUGUGUUUCUAUCCAGAGGUUUAACAGAAGUUAAACAAUACUGUACAUAGAUUGAAUCUGAUUAUUGUGCUCUGGUUAUUGUGUCCCGCAAAGUAUGUUACUUAAUGUACGGAGAUAUCGCUGGGAAGUGAAGUACAAGCAAGGGAAGGAGUUGUACAUCAAUUACAUGCGGUCGAGUACUGCAUUGUCUAUGAAAGAAGUUGAUGCUGGUACACGUAUGAAAUAUUCCAGAUUCAACAAGAAGUAAUGUGCUUCAGGAGGAGACAAACCAAUGGAAACAUUGAUCCAGAUCUUCUAAUCUUGAGAUCAUCAGAAACUGGUAAUAAAGCACAAAAUGUUCAUUGAAACCCCUUGCAACUUUCAACAUACUGACUUGAUGGAAAUUUCCUGAGCAGUUUCAAAGUCCAAUGGGGAAAAUGACUUAAAAAAAAGUCUCCAAGUCUGAAUUAGUGUCAGAGACUUUGCUCAGUUCCAAUAUACUCAUGUAGACUUUGUGUAAUUUUAUUUUUCUGUGUUUUUAAUUGUGGUCUGAAAUGAGAAAAGAACUGUUUUAAAAACAAAGUUUGCUGGAGGAUUGUUGAAUGUUUUGAAAGCAAGUAACCUGACUUUCAUUGCAGCAUCUGGUUCCAGCUGUAUCUGAAAUGUGCUUUGCAGGCAAGUUUGAACCAGAGAGUUGUGCGCAAUGGAGUUUUGGCAGUUAGUAGCUGAUUGCGUUGUGGAGCACUUCUUACUGACCAAGGCUUCUGCCUGCCAACAACUGUGAUUCCUUCUCAAGUAACUGAACAGCUUGAGGCAGCUUGGAGUUUAGGAACUGUUUUUGUUGUUUGCAACAAAAGGUACUAUAAACCUGAAGAAUACCUAGUUUAAUUUUGCUUCAGCAGUUGCUGUAAACGAUUGUUUUUAUUUAAUCAGUUUGAGAUUUUUAAAAAGGAUUAAUUGGUUCCUGUGUCACUUGCAAACUAGUGAAAGCAUCUGGCGAAACAAGACCAAGAGACAGCUUUCUGACCAAGAUUCACAAGAAUCAUCUCUGCACGUGAUGAACGGGAACCACUGCUACUUUUAUUACCCCUAUGCCUGGGUGUAAAGGGGUGUUUAAGAGGGUAUUAGAGUUUUAACUAGUAUAGUUAUAUG